AUGUUCCCGGACGGGACCUUGCUGGGAGGCCUUUACGCGUCUGACGUUGUUCCCACAGGUCCUAGAGAUUGCGUGUCUCCUAGCGCAGACAGGCGUGGAACCUCUCAGCCUGCGCCGCCAUGCUCGGAGACCAGUGACUCUGCUUUACUGGACACCAGUCGUGAGGGAGGAGAAGAAUCCUCCAGUACAACAAAACAAACGGAGGGUGAGAGCAUGUGUGAAGAUGGGGGAGAAUUAUGUCGGCUCUUGGAUUUCAUGUCAGAAAAUGAAGCAUUGCCCGCAGAUGGCAAUAACGCUGUGACUAACGAGAGCAAAAGACACGAAGGAAAUGAAAGCGACGUUAACAGCCUAAAUCCCUUUCCUGCAGAUCUUGCUCUGGGCAAUGCUGAAGAACUGCUGGAGAAUCAACAGCUUGAAAUUCAGUCAGGACUUCCUCACCCAGAAAAGGCGACAGCUCCCGAAAGCGCACUGAACUCUUGCACGGUGGUUGAAGGGCUUCUGUUCCCAGUUGAAUAUUACGUCAGGACGACUCGACGCAUGUCGAAUUGCCAGAGGAAAGUGGACCUCGAUGCUGUAAUUCUCAGCCAGCUGGGCAGAAGCAAGAAAGGUCAACGAAGCAAGUGCAAGCAGAAAGAUGCAAAUGCAGAUCGUCCUUCCCAGGAGAGAGCUGGGAGUGAUUUGGAGUCAGCGGUCGCGCUGCUCCCUUUUCUCAGUGCAGAAAAUGAUCCAGCAAAUUCAAGCAGUCCUCAGAAAUCUCCUCCUGCGUCCAGCGGCAGCAGCGCUUCACUUGGAUCGAUUUCUCAAGACAGUAUCACUGGCACGAAGCAAGAUCAGAGACCAUCACAGAGGAGGCAAAAGGGAAGAAGAAAGUCUGCCUGCAAACCCCCGGUGCACCAAGUGUCAGAGGAACCUGGAGAGAGUUUGGGUCUCAGAACGAUGAGGGAAAGCAGUAGUCUGCUGCCAAGUGAGUGUCAGAAUGAAAAGGAAAACUGCAAAGCUGAACACGAAAACCCAUCUUCAGCCGAGAGAGGACUGUCUGCUGGUGCCGGUCUCCGGGUGCCUGGCCAGUGCCGUAAGACUCUGUUAGAACCGGUUCAGACUCCGCUCCAGAACAGCAAGUCUCUGGCCCCAGGGAAUGAAACUUUUGCCAGCCAUCUAGGAGAUCUGGAAGCCAGCUUAACUGUGUCUCCGGCCGCUAAACCUCCAGCAGAGCGUGUCAAGAACCAGCACGUGCAAGGAGCCCGCAGGGCUGAGCAGCUCCUGGCGCUCCGUGUCGCCCCGCGCCGCUCCCUGCGUUCCUCUGGCAGGCAGAGGGCCAGCCAAGUCUCCAAAGAUGACAGCAAAAGAGGACGUAGCUAUCCGCCGGGUUCAGAGGGUCCGGCUUCUCUUGGCCUCCCUGCCGUGGACCCCGAUGCUUGCGGCUCUCUCUUCUCCUUCCGCAGUCUCCAGUGGCUGGCCUCCAGACUGGGUGUCAGGGACUUUCACCUUCCGGAUGAGGAAUUUGGACUACUAAAACUUGAGAAAUUAGAAUCUUCCCCUGUGAAUGACUUGGAGGUUUUCGUUCCUAGUGUGUCUGGACAUGGUGUGGCUUCAGAGGAUGCCCAAAUGAAUCUGGAAGAAAAAGGACUCAAAAGUGAUUUGAGUUCACCUUUCAGAAGUGGACUGCCCGAGUUACCUCACGUAGAAAGCCCAGCUUCCAAGAAGGAGCUUUCCACCCGUGAAUUGCUGUUUACUCCCAUGGGGACUGUCUUCGCUGGUGCUCCCACUCAGCCCGAGUCUCAGAUUUCCUCGUCGGUUUUCCCUGUCGUGGGUGCAACCCCGGCUGUGUUACCGUCGGUGCGCGGUGAGGUCUUCCCCGGUACACCUUCUGCACCUCCCUCGCACGCGAGCCUGCCUUCCUCCCAAGGAGCGUCUGCCGCGGUCGUGGGUGAUGGCAAAUGCCGAGGCUCCGCCGUUCCGCUGCACUUGGACAGCUGCGGUGCAGGAUCUGCUAGAAGAGAGGAGGAACAAGGUACAACGUUUUCUUUAGAUGCUGAAAGCGGUCCCAGUGAUAAACCUGAUGAGGCUGUGGCCUUGGAGAAGCAUCAGCAGUCAGAGAGCAAGCAGCAGAGAUCCUGCAGAGCUUCUCCUGAACAGAAAGAAGAUGUAGCAGAACAGUUGACUCCGGUACUGCUUGAUGGCCUGAGUGAAGAGAGCUUGCAGCUUGUAUCAAAGCUGAAGGAUUCUUCGAGUUCCUGCGCUGUGGAUGUGAGUAGCAUGUGGUGGGAAGCAGCCGGCAGCAGAGAGCUGUGGGUGGUGACUGCUUGUGAGAGCUCUGUCUCCCUCUGGAAGCCUCUGGCAUCCGACCGCUGGGGAAAGGUCUACGCUUGGCAGCUCGGAGAGAUUCCUGUAAUACAGAUCGUUCCUCUGCCAGACACCUGUAAUCUCGUCUGUGUAGCACUGGGAGAUUUGGAGAUUGGAGAAAUAAGGCUCUUGCUUUAUUCUCCUGAGAGUGACUCAUUCAGGCAAUCACUAGUGAAAACUGGAAAUAUAAAAGCAGUUCUUGGGCUGAAGGAGAGGAGGCUGGUCAGCAGCAGCAGGACCGUGCACGAGCAGCAAGUGGAGAUAGUGUCGCUCUCGGAGACGGGAAGGAGCAAGGACGGACAGACUUUGAUGCCCCCCGAAGAAACUGUUUUAGCUUUCGCUGAAGUGGAGGGGAUGAGAGACGCCUUGGUGGGCAGCACCGCAGUGAACAGCAUCAUCGUUUGGAAUCUGAAAACAGGCCAGCUGCUGAAGAAGAUGCACGUUGGUUACUCCUACCCAGCUUCGAUCUGCCACCGAGCGUACUCUGACUCGGGCCUCCUGUUCGUUGUUUUAAGUCACCCGCACGCCAAAGAGAGCGAGUCCUGUGGGAGCCCCGCGUUCCGCGUGGUAGCGUUCAACCCCAGCACGGCCAGGAGCGCCGGGGUGACCUUCUCCGCCCUCCCACCCGGGCACGCGGGCAGGAGCUGUCUGUACCGCCAGGACUGGGCUGGUGCCAGUGGGUAG